AAGAAUGGUGAUGGUUGAAGUUGCACACAGCAACUACAUGAGCCAUUUUCUUGGUCCAGGCAAGUAUUGAUAGUAACCACUUUUGUUUAUCUGGGUUCAUUUUAUUAAUCUUUUGCACCUUUUGUUACAUUUUCACAUUCCAUUGAACAAUUUAGAAUAGAACUAAAGUUUUUGGUUUUAAUUUUCAACAUGGAUGAAUCAUUGUCGAGCAUCAUGGAGGUGAGGGAAGAUUUCAUGGUUUCACCAGAUGGUGACAGUAAACCAACUUUGAGAUCUGCCUAUUUUCAGAAACCCCUUGCAAAGUCCCUUGAAGGAUCAAUUUCUGAGGUCCUUUCAACUUCUAUGAAUAUGCCACUGCCACCUGUUUUUGAACCAAAGAAGUGGCCUUUGAUUGUCCAUUUCAGCUGGUGGCGCUCCAGAAAACGGAAAUGGGUUGAAUGGGUGGAUGCCCUUCGAGACAGGUAUGAAUCAGUGUGGAAGAAAGUUGGUAUCUUUGAAGCCAUCAUGAGUACCAAGUGUUCCCUGGUGAAAGAUCGGAACUUGUGUAUUGGGGUUGCUGAGAAGUGGUGUCCUCAGACAAAUACCAUUUUAUUUCCAUGGGGUGAGGCAACAAUCACCUUGGAGGAUGUUAUGGUGUUGGGGGGUUACCCUGUUGUUGGUGAUCCUAUCUUCACCACACUUCAAAGCCAGGAAAUGAUAGAAGUGCAGGAAAAACUGAUUCUUGCAAGAAAGGAACCUUGGAAGAGGAAUAAAGGUAACGUUUCCUUAUCAGCAUGGAUGGAUAUUUUUCGCAAUAGUGGUAGUGAAAUAGAGCAUGAAGCAUUCCUAGCAACUUGGUUGACAAUGGUUGGUUUUUCCCCCAAUGACUGUGUUAAUCAACUUGUUUUCCCUAUUGCCAUUCAUCUUGCUAGAGGGAACCCCAUUGCUUUGGGACCAACAGUUUUGGCCAGCAUAUAUCAGGAUUUGUCUUUGUUAAAGGAAACAGUAGUUGACUUGACAAAAAACUAAUACUUGAUGAAAGGUGAGAAAAACUGUAAAAAAUAAUUUGAUUGUACACAUGGAAAAAGUUGGUGGAUUGGGUUU